CUGCUAUUGCGACGGAAGAAAGCCACCGACGCCAUCGAGGAGUCACGCUUAAAGAUGGAGCAGCUGCAGAAGGACGACCAGGACACGCGGGAGAUGAUGCACCGAGACAUGCCUGACCUGUUGGAGGAGGUGCAGAUGCUGGAGGGCUGGAAGAACAGGGGCGUCAAGGACAUGUAUCGCGAGCUGUCCAAUAUCCUACUCAAUCAGGUAGGCGGGUGGGUGGGGGUGUGGGUGUGGGUGUGGGUGUGGGUGUUAUUUACCAUCAGGUGA